AUCUUUUAAAUGGGAAGCAACUCAGGUAUGAUCAUCUUUUGUUAGGCAGACGUGAUGCCCAUAAACUUAGCCAUUUUCAUUCACACUUGUGAGGAAACCCUUAACUAUGCAAGUAGCCAUGACAUUAAUGUUUAAAAAUAGGAUUUCCUUUUGGCCUUAUGGAUGAUUCCUGAAAUAAUCUGAAGCAAAUAAUUUUGUCUGUAUUUGUUCAUCUUUCCAUUUCUAAAUGUGGCAUAGUUGUCUACUUUGAUAAGAAGUAGGAAUUUUAUGAGGAUUUUUAUUGUGAACUGUGUGAAGAAGGGUCUUGAUUGCUAAAGUGGAAUACCUUCACAAUCUACAUUUUCUACGUGGGUACUGAUCAUGAAUAACUUAGAAAUCAUUAGCAUAUUAUCUGCCUAAUUUAGGCUUGAAAGUGCUGAGGCUUUUUGCAGGGGUAUUUUGUGGGUGGACUGGUCAUUGGGGUUGCCUAGGGAGCACUGGUUUGCGUGAGAAGAGUCCUGCAUUGCUAAGGAAUUAUGCCUGGCUCCAAAAACAGUCUCAGUCAUACAUUCCUCCACCCCCUCUGCCUCUUACCCUGCUUUCCUCCCCCCACCUCUUAUUCUGCUCUGCCUCCACCAUGAAAUUUAAGGGUAUAUGUAUUUAACCUCUGCCUUAGGUUUUACAUAUAAAUACUUGAGACUUUCUGCAGGAUUUAAAAACCAUAACCUGUGUUUCCUCUUUGGAUCUGCUGACUGGCUAGUAAACUGUAUAGACCUUUUCUUCUCUUUCUUGAGUCACAUUACUCUUGAGAACUUUAUUUUCUCUCAAGUCAGCCAUUUGAUAAGUAAAUCCAGCAGCCUUGAAACUUUCCAGCCAGUGAGGUCCCAAGUCAGGCUAUUUUCGUCUUAACUUCUGUUUUUCAGUAAAUUCUACAAGUAGAAACUGCAACUAAAUGGCUCGAUGAAACCUAAGGCCAAUGUUCCUCCCUUAACCAUAGAAAUCCUUUUAGAACUCAACAGACUCCAAGCUUUUGCAAGAUCUCUCUGAGAGGAGACUUCCUUUGCUUUCUGGAUGUAACUGUGGUGGUAACAACCAUUAAAGUAUUUCAUAGACUCUCUGAAAAGCACAACAGUAAUGGAGUACAUGAGCACUGGAAGCGACAAUAAAGAAGAAAUUGAUUUAUUAAUUGAACAUUUGAAUGUCUCUGAUGUAAUAGACAUUAUGGAAAAUCUUUACGCAAGUGAGGAGCCAGCGGUUUACAAACCCAGUCUAAUGACCAUGUGUCAAGACAGCAAUCAAAAUGAGGAAAAUUCAGAGUCCCUGCUGCUCAGUGGCCAAGAUGUGCCAUGGCUGUCAUCAGUCAGAUAUGGAACUGUGGAGGAUUUGCUUGCUUUUGCAAACCAUAUAUCCAAUACUGCAAAGCGUUUUUAUGGACACCGACGACAAGAAUCGGGAAUUUUAUUAAAUAUGGUAAUCACUCCCGAAAAUGGACGCUAUCAAAUAGACUCUGAUGUUCUCCUCAUCCCCUGGAAGCUGACGUACAGGAAUAUUGGCUCCGAUUUCAUUCCUCGGGGGGCCUUUGGAAAAGUGUACUUAGCGCAAGAUAUAAAAACUAAAAAAAGAAUGGCAUGCAAACUGAUCCCAGUAGAUCAAUUUAAGCCAUCUGAUGUGGAAAUCCAGGCUUGCUUCCGGCAUGAAAACAUUGCUGAGUUAUAUGGCGCAGUCCUAUGGGAUGAAACUGUCCAUCUCUUCAUGGAAGCAGGCGAGGGAGGGUCUGUUCUGGAGAAACUGGAGAGCUGUGGACCAAUGAGAGAAUUUGAAAUUAUUUGGGUGACAAAGCAUGUUCUCAAGGGACUUGAUUUUCUGCACUCAAAGAAAGUGAUUCACCAUGAUAUUAAACCUAGCAACAUUGUUUUCAUGUCUACAAAAGCCGUUUUGGUAGAUUUUGGCCUAAGUGUUCAAAUGACUGAAGAGAUCUAUUUUCCUAAGGACCUCCGUGGAACAGAGAUUUACAUGAGCCCAGAGGUGAUCCUGUGCAGGGGCCAUUCAACCAAAGCCGACAUCUAUAGCCUGGGGGCCACGCUAAUCCACAUGCAGACAGGCACUCCACCCUGGGUGAAGCGCUACCCUCGCUCAGCUUAUCCCUCCUACCUGUAUAUAAUCCACAAACAGGCCCCUCCAUUAGAGGAUAUUGCUGAUGACUGCAGUCCCGGCAUGAGGGAGCUAAUAGAAGCUGCCCUGGAGAGGAACCCCAAUCAUCGCCCGAGGGCAGCUGACCUACUAAAACACGAGGCCCUGAACCCUCCCAGAGAGGACCAGCCACGCUGUCAGAGCCUGGAUUCUGCCCUCUUUGAGCGGAAGAGGCUGCUGAGCAGGAAGGAGUUGGAACUUCCUGAGAACAUUGCAGAUUCUUCAUGCACAGGAAGCACUGAAGAAUCAGAGAUGCUAAAGAGACAACGUUCUCUCUACAUAGACCUUGGAGCCCUGGCCGGCUAUUUCAACCUUGUCCGGGGCCCACCAACGUUAGAGUAUGGCUGAUUGUCGUUUGCUCUAAAUUAAUAUUCAGCUUUAAGCUCCUGGAAGCUAGUUCUGCUGAUUUCACACAGGGACUCGUCUAGUGAACUGUGCCGUUUAUUAGCUGGCAUUGUGGGCUCCCACGACUGAUGAAUGUGACUCCACAUGGCUCCUGGGUGUUUUAUUUGUGGACCUGCCCUGUCUGCCAGGUCUGACAGUUCUCAUUUCUCAGGUGGGGUGACUCAAGGGGAGGAAUUAAAUGUUCCUAGAUGGAUCAUUUCUGGUGACUGAUUUCAUAAACUGUGCACUUUGCUCAAAAUUUUAAAAAUACCAAUUACAAAAAUAAUAUAUUAGCCUAAAAUUACUAUUCUUGGUUCUAAAUUAAGUCUGAGAACUUCAUUUAACUCAGAGUA